AUGACGACAGAAGAUAACUUCAUAAAAGACGUUUAUGAUACUAAACAGCUACCAUUAGCUUUUUUUGAGCCGUUUACAAGACAAAAUAAAGUUCCCGGUGAUAUCUUUGAUAAUGCUAGUAAAACUUUACUCUUAACGACUCAAUUUUUAAUUUCAAUUUCACUUGGUUCUGUAACUCUUCUUACUUUUUGUUUUUUGAGGACUCGAUGGCGUUCAAUGUUUGCUCCACGUUUAAGGCUUAAAAGGCUUGCGCCAGAUCCUUUACCAUCAUCCUUUUUUGGAUGGAUAGUACCUUUAUAUAAAAUUCCCGAAUCAACAGUCCUGAACAGGGUUGGUUUAGAUGCAGCUGUGGAUCCAGAUGAUUCUCACGGUGAUGAUCCUAAUGUCGAUAAUAAUUUUGGUAAUGAUCCUAUCGAGCUUCCAGUAGACGAUAGGCCAGAACCAUUGCCUGUCUUAAUUUCAUAUGCUCUAUUCACAUGGGUCUUUUCCAUCGCAUCUUAUUAUUUUAUGUUUUACAAUUAUCGGGAAUUUUCUAAUGUAAGGCAUAGAUAUUAUCUUAAAUGGAAAGAAACAAUUACUUCUAGGACUGUCAUGGUAACCGUUAUUCCAAAGAGAUUACAAACAGAUAGAGCGCUUGCUGAAUUUUAUGAUUCAUUAGGUUUUGGUCCUGUUGAAAGUGCUGUUAUCUAUCGAUAUGUAAGGAGGUUAAGACAUGCAAUUAAUGAUAGAUUAAAGGUUUUAAAAAAAUUGGAAAUGGCAUAUACAGAAUAUUUGGGGAACCCGUGUACAGAUGAUGAUUAUGAUCGUGAUGAAACGCUAAAAGCAUUUGAGCAUGCACAAGCCAUAGACCCUUCAUCAACUGAUGGAGUGACAUCUGCUGUUCUUUCACCUGUUGGUCAAAAUCGUCCUACAAUGAGGACUGGAUUAUUUGGAUUAUUUGGUAAAAAGGUGGACAAAAUUGAAUAUUAUACCGAAAAAUUUAAUGAAAUUGAUAAAAUGGUUCAACGAGGUAGACGUGGUGCUUAUCAUUCUUCACCAGUUGGAUUUGUUACCUUUGAAAAUAUAACUAGUGCGCAAUUAGCUGCUCAAAUUCUUAUAAGACCUGAACCUUUUCAAUGUCAAACUAUUCUUGCACCAGAGCCACGUGACAUUUAUUGGAGUAAUCUUACAAUUAGAAAUAGGGAAUAUCUUAUUCGAACCAUAUGGGUCAACAUUAUUGUAUUCUUUAUAGUAUUUCUUUGGUCUGGGCCUAUAACAUUUUUUGCAUCGUUGUUAAGCUUAGAAGCUUUAUCAAAAAUAUUUCCUUGGUUAGCGAAUUUGGCAAAUAAAAAUGAAGUGUUGAAAGGUUUAAUCCAAGGGACACUUCCUACCCUUGCAGUAUCUUUGUUUAACAUAGUUGUUCCAAAAAUUAUGAUUGUUCUUUCCAAACGUCAAGGAUUUCAUGCACGUAGUGUGAUCGAGUUUUCAACAUUUGCCAAAUAUUAUUUCUUCUUAUUGUUUAAUGUUUUACUUGCCUUUACUAUUGCUGGUGCUGUGUUUACUACUAUACAAGAAAUUAUUGAUAAUCCAACAGGAAUUGCACAUAAACUGGCAACAACUUUACCGCAAGUAGCAUCAUUUUUCAUUAAUUUUGUCAUGAUUCAAGGAAUUGGAUUAUUUCCGGCACAUUUAUUACAAAUAAAAGAAGUCGCAAUUGUUAUAUCCAAAAGAUUAAAAGCAAAAACACCUAGAAGUUAUGCAUAUGCUAAUGCACCACCAUUUUUGGAUUAUGGAGAAGAAUUACCACCUAUGGUUUUAAUUUUUGUAAUAGUAUUGGUAUAUUCAUCUAUUGCACCAAUAAUUUUACCUUUUGGUGCAAUCUAUUUCUUUCUUGGUUACAUGGUAUAUAAAUAUUUGUUGUUAUACGUAUACUUCCAUCCUUAUGAAACCGCUGGUCUCGCAUGGCCAAAAAUCUUUAGAAGAAUUACAAUCGGACUUUAUAUAUACCAAAUUAUGAUGAUUGGUUACUUGCUACUUAAAGAGUCUUAUUAUUUGGCAGCAUCUGUCUUUCCUACCCUUAUCAUGACUGCUGUAUUUUUUUAUUAUGUUAACACGGCAUAUGAUCGUAAUGCUGCAUACAUUCCAUUAAAGACAUUAAAAGACGAGGAAAAAAAAUCAACAAUUAACACAAAUGAUGAUGUUACUUUUAAACAAAAAACUCCUGACAAUGACACCACCACCACAACUGAUGAAAAUUCAAAUGCAAAAGAUGUGUUAGAAGAUGAUUUAUAUCAUGCAGAACCAGAUAUGUACACCGACUACAGCCAGCCACCAAUGACUUUGUAUAAAGGAGUCUUGAAUACAGGAAUGAGGAAUUACAUUGCACCUGCAUUGGUUGGCACACUUCCUUGGCUAUGGUUGCCAGUCAAAAGACCAAAAGUAACUAAAAGCACAGGAUGGUUAAGAAAUAAAAUAGGAAUAUUCAAAAAAUAUUCUAGAAAAUCGAAUUAUGGUACUUCACGUUCGAUUGACGACGUUAAUGAUGAUAGCAACGAUGAAUUGAUAAAUGCUAAUUUGAUUGAAGAAGACUUGUUAAAACAAAAAGAAGCAGAUUCUAGAAUUCGUGAAAAUUUAUACAAGACAUUACAAGAUCCUAAUAAUCCACAUAAAGUAUACUAUUGUCGUCAUGACAGAGAUAUACAAUCAGGGAGUAAAGCAGCUGGUGGAUUUAGAAAUCUCCUUGGGCUUUCAUCUACAAAUGCUAAUGAUCCUGAAGGAAGGAACAAAUAG